AUGUUUCGUUUUAUACGUUAUCGUUGUAUUAUAUUUCGUCAUAUUAUUUUUUGGUUAUUUAUAAUAAUAAUGAUGAAAUUAACAAUAAUAAUUUAUUAUGAUUUACAACAACAAUCAAUUGAUAGUAGUUCAUUAGCUUUACCAUUUGAUGAUAGUAAAUUAAAUAAAGAAAAAAAACAAACACUAUUAAAUUUAACAACAUAUCAAUUUCAAUCUAUUAAUACAACAAUUAUUAUUAAUCGAACAACUAUUGAAUAUUAUCGUCAAUAUGUUCAAAGAAAAAAUCAUGAACAAUUAAUGUAUAAUGAUUAUUUAUUUUCAUCAAAUACAACACGAUAUAUUUUACUUGUACAAGUACAUACACGUGUUGUUUAUUUAAAAAAAUUUAUUGAAAUGUUAAAAGCCGUUCAAACAAUAAAUCAAACAUUACUCAUAUUUAGUCAUGAUUUUAUUGAUCCACAAAUAAAUAUACUUAUAACAAAUAUUAAAUUUGUUCCGGUGAUUCAAAUUUUUUAUCCAUUUUCUCAACAACUUUAUCCUGAUGAAUUUCCUGGUCUUGAUCCCAAUGAUUGUCCACGUGAUAUAGCUAAACAUAGAGCUUUAGCUACUCGAUGUAAAAAUGCACCAUAUCCAGAUAAAUAUGGACAUUAUAGAGAAGUUUCUAUUGUACAAAUAAAACAUCAUUGGUGGUGGAAACUCAAUUUUGUAUUUAAUUCUAUUAAUGUUUUACAAAAUCGUUCAGACCUUUUAGUACUUUUACUUGAAGAAGAUUUUUAUUUAUCACCUGAUGCACUUUAUUUCUUAAAAAAAAUGGAAGAUGAAAAACAACGUCUUUGUCCUGAAUGUUUAAUAUAUACAUUGGGUAAUCUGGAAAAAACAGGUCGACAAUUUAACAACCUUGGAUCAAAAGUAUCUAUUGCAUAUUGGCAUGCUAGAUAUAAUCUUGGUAUGACAGUCUCAUAUUCUUUAUGGCUUUCAAUUGUACAAUAUGCUGAAGAAUUUUGUAAUGUUGAUGAUUAUAAUUGGGAUUGGUCUCUUGUUUAUUUAGCACAAAAACGUUUUAAUUAUCCUCGUGUUAUGUGGUCAAGUUCUGCACGAGUUAUUCAUCUUGGUUCAUGUGGUACUCAUCAUAAAAAAACUUGUUCAAAUCAAUCGGAUAUAGCUCGAUGGGAAGAAACUGAUAAAUUCUAUCAACUUAAUCGAAAGUAUUUAUUUCCGACAAAUCCUCUUACGGUACAUGCUAAAUAUGAAGCAAGACGUCCACUUAAACAAACUAAUGGUGGAUGGUCUGAUUUACGAGAUCGACAAUUAUGUUUAUCAUUUGCAUUAAAAAAUCCAAAAGAUAUAUCACAUAUAAAUAUAAAAAAUUAA